AUGGAGGUGGGUGCCUGGACAUACCACUACAGUGACCAAGGGGACUAUGUGUGGGAGCAGGCCCAGAACUACUGCCAGACGUUCUUCACCGACCUGGUGGCGAUCCAGAACAAGCAGGAGAUCGAGUACCUCAACAAGACCCUGCCCUUCCAUGGACGCUACUACUGGAUUGGCAUCCGCAAGCUGAAUGGCAUUUGGACCUGGGUGGGCACCAGGAAGGCGCUGACAAAGGAGGCAGAGAAUUGGGCUGCCGGGGAGCCCAACAACCGCCGCUCCAACCAGGACUGCGUGGAGAUCUACAUCAAGCGGCAGCGGGAGUCGGGCAAGUGGAACGACGAGCCCUGCAACCGGAAGAAAAAGGCGCUGUGCUAUCAGGCCUCCUGCCAGCCCUUCCCAUGCAGCCAGCAUGGUGAGUGCGUGGAGACCAUUGGGAGCUACCGCUGCGAGUGCUACCCCGGCUUCCAUGGCCCUGAGUGCGAGGAUGUUGUGCAGUGUGCCAAGCUCGAGCCCAAGGGAGCGCGCAUGAACUGCAGCCAUCCCUUUGGAGACUUCAGCUACAACUCCACCUGCAACUUCGAGUGCCCAGAGGGCUUCGAGCGGCAAGGUGCGGGCACGCUGCGGUGCCUGGCUUCCCAGCAGUGGGCAGCAGAGACUCCCACCUGCACAGCCAUCACCUGCCCAGUGCUCAGUGCUCCACACCGAGGAGAGCUGAACUGCUCCCACCUCCAUGGGGGCUUUGCCUUUGGCUCCAUGUGUGUCUUCUCCUGCCAGACGGGGUUUGCACUGACUGGGCCAGAGAGUCGUAAGUGCACAGCCGCAGGGACCUGGACUGGACAAACCCCAGAAUGCAAAGCCAUCACCUGCCCAGUGCUCAAUGCUCCUAACCAAGGAAAACUAAACUGCUCCCACCUCCAUGAGGACUUCACCUUUGGCUCCACAUGUGCCUUCUCCUGCCAGAAAGGGUUUGCACUGACUGGGCCAGAGAGCCGUGAGUGCACGAUCGCAGGGACCUGGACUGGGGACUCCCCACACUGUGAAGCCAUAGCCUGCCCAGUGCUCAGUGCUCCUGACCAAGGAAAGCUAAACUGCUCCCACCUCCAUGAGGACUUCACCUUUGGCUCCACGUGUGCCUUCUCCUGCCAAACGGGGUUUGCACUGACUGGGCCAGAGCGCCGUGAAUGCACAGCUGCAGGGACCUGGAGUGGGGAUGCCCCACACUGUGAAGCCAUCACCUGCCCAGUGCUCAGCGGUCCAGACCGAGGAGAGCUGAACUGCUCCCACCUCCAUGGGGACUUUGCCUUUGGCUCCACAUGUGCCUUCUCCUGCCAGAUGGGGUUUGCACUGACCGGGCCAGAGAGCCGUAAGUGCACAGCUGCAGGGACCUGGACUGGGGACACCCCAGAAUGCAAAGCCAUCGCCUGCCCAGUGCUCAGCGCUCCAGACCGAGGAGAGCUGAACUGCUCCCACCUCCAUGGGGACUUUGCCUUUGGCUCCACAUGUGCCUUCUCCUGCCAGAUGGGGUUUGCACUGACCGGGCCAGAGAGCCGUAAGUGCACAGCUGCAGGGACCUGGACUGGGGACACCCCAGAAUGCAAAGCCAUCACCUGCCCAGUGCCCAGUGCUCCACACCGAGGAGAGCUGAACUGCUCCCACCUCCAUGGGGACUUUGCCUUUGGCUCCACAUGUGCCUUCUCCUGCCAGACGGGGUUUGCACUGACUGGGCCAGAGAGCCGUAAGUGCACAGCUGCAGGGACCUGGACUGGGGACACCCCAGAAUGCAAAGCCAUCGCCUGCCCAGUGCUCAAUGCUCCAAACCAGGGAGGCCUGAACUGCUCCCACCUCCAUGAGGACUUCACCUUUGGCUCCACAUGUGCCUUCUCCUGCCAGACAGGGUUUGCACUGAUGGGGUCAGAAAGCCUCGAGUGUAUGGCCACAGGGACCUGGACUGGGGGUGCUCCACUUUGCAAAGCCAUCAGCUGCCCAGCACUGGAUCCCCCCAGUAGAGGCCAACUGAGCUGCUCUCACGUGCAUGGAAACUUCACAUACAACUCCACAUGCACCUUUUCCUGCGAGGAGGGCUUUGUUCGGAUGGGCGCAGAGGUGCUUUGGUGUAUGGCCACAGGCAACUGGAACAGGCAUCCCCCUGUCUGUGCAGAAGAUGGUGCCUCUUUCUUAAAGCAAGUCCUGGCUUACAGCAGCGGCACAGCUCUGGCAGUAGCUGGCAUUGUGCUCUCAGGGACACUCAUUGCCCUCCUCGCCAAACGGCUCAGUGACAGAGAGGAGAAGAAGAAGCUUCUGAACCCCACCAGUGACCUAGGAUCGCCGGGCAUCUUCACCAAUGCAGCCUACGAUGCCAACCUGUGA